AUGGGACAGCUAGACAUUAUCUUCGAGAAAGAAGGAAACGACGACCACCAAUAUGGGACAACAGUGUCGUCCCGAGAUCCGCAGAUUGGCCGUACCCUGGAGUCCAACUUGGAGGAAAUGGAUUGGGAAGUGGGAGUUCAGGAGGUUCUUGCAGGUCAGUCAGUUCUUUCAAGGCCUGCUGAUGAGUUCGACAAUGAUCCCACUGUGGAGGCAAUGUGGGCAGUGAAGACAAUUGAACAUGCAAGAAUUUAUUUUGAUUUGCUUUGCAGUGUUGAUCCUCAAGGACUACGUUUAACGAGACAUGAUGAUAAAAUUUAUGAAACCUUUAGAAAACAGUUUCCUGAGUUAAAAUUAGAUUUAUUGAACGAAGAUGAAUUGAAGAGUGAAGAAGGAAAAAAGGAAUGGAGAGAAUUCUGUGAAAAGUUCCAUGAUAUAAUUGAAGACUAUAAUUUUGGAACAUUAAUUAGAACUAAUUGCACUGAUGAGUACAGUGAAAAGAAUUCUUUUAUUGUUCCAAGAGUUAUGUUCUAUGCUCUAGAAAUAGCUAGAAAUCGUGAAGGUUUCAACAAUUCUAUCAGGACCAAAUUCAGAACCAGCCAAAGUGGUUCUUAAGGAUUAAUGUCUGUGAAUAUAUGUGUAUGUUUUCUUGUUCAUAUAAGUAUAAAAUAAAAAGCUUGUUAAUUAUUAAUUAUUUACUUUGAAAUUCCAUUUUUAUAAUUAAUGAAUUGGUUGCAAUUAAGACUUUCAUAUGUACAAUUAUUUUGCAUUAAAAAAAAAAUUGCAUAAUAUAU